GUCCAAAUUAUGGACCACGUUUAACAACAGUGGGUAGUAUUGAAUCCGACUUGACUGACGUCUACCGUUGGACGAAGACAAUUUUCCGUCAAGAGCUCCACCAUACCGUGCGCGCUCAUCCUCAAAAUAUUUCUGUGUACUGAUGUCUUACUGAAGCAGACGAAAGAUACACGCGCGCCACAAUCAUUACAUUUACUUGAAUCGUUCUCCGUUUUUCUCUCUCUACAAUCCCUUCUCUCUCUCUCCGCCUUUACCUUUUUCCCAGUUUCGUGUGUUUGGAGGUGAAAGAUGGGAGGGAGGGACCUGAAUUACAAGUUCGGACUGAGUGUGUGGCGAGCUUCCCGGUUGUUCGAUGGCGGCUGCGGAUUUUGCUCCUAGCUUUGGGGUUUGACUCUGGAUGAUACCUAGCCAUUGCAUUGAGUAUUGUAGAUCUGAACAGUUCGGAUUCUGUCGGUGAUGUUGCACUUCUAUAAUUUGCGCUUUUUCUUCCGCGGCAGCGGUGAGUAUAUAGUGUGAAGGGUUACAAAUGGAGGCUCGUUGGUGUCUCCUAAAACAGUUGCUUCUUUUGUGUUCUUUAUUAUCCUUCGCUGAUGCUAAUGUACGUCACAAACUCUCGAAAAGAGAGGCUCUAUCACCAACUACCACACUUUUCUAUACCCCUGCCAUGACAGAACUGCCUCUUCCCGCCAAUCCACUUUCGUUACACAAACAUCACCAUAUUCGUCUGAGCCCUCAUGGUGCACCUGCUCAACCUCCUAAUUAUGGCCAUUUUGAGACUUCUACUCCUCCCUCUAGCUCGGGUUUGUCCAGACCUUCUAUGGAGAAGAGUGGAUCAGUGUCUCCGAGCAAUCCACCUUCAUCAGAGACUGUGCCACCUCAACCUGAACCUAGCACUCUGCCUACUGGUUUAGCUCAGCCACCAUUAUCUCCUAGCUUUUCUAGUUGUUGUGGACCACACAUGGUACUCAAACGUGAGACCCAGGGCUGCCAUUGUGUGUAUCCAAUAAAGCUUGAAAUUCUCCUUUUGAACGUCUCAUCCAAUCCAGACUGGAAGUUUUUUCUGGAGCAGUUUUCGUCACAGCUUGGUCUAAGAGUGUCGCAGAUUGAGCUCAUUAACUUUUACAUUGUUGGAAUAUCUGGUUAUAACAUAUCAAUGGACAUAAUCCCACAUACGGGUAUAAGUUUUUCUUCCAAAGAAGCUGCAGGAAUAAAUUCUUCACUGUCAACGCACAAGGUCCGUCUGGACCCUGCAUUAGUGAGUGACUACAAGCUUCUCAACAUAACCUGGUUCAAGCCGCCUUUACUGCCUCAAGCUCCAAUUUCUGUAACAGCUUCAUCAGAAGGACCGCCCAACCUUCCAUCAAGUCCUUCUGCACUUGGCCCUUCAAAGAAAGUUAAACGUCCAAAUUUGAUUCUUGUCAUUGGACUCGGAGCUGUAAUCCUGAUAAUUGCUGCCAUCACUGUGGUUGUGCUUUGUUUCUGUAUAUCUCGCCAAGGGAAGCAUAUUGAACCUUUCAAAGAAAUAGAAAAACAAAGGAGUUUGGUAACAGUUCCAGCAGUGGGAUCGCUUCGCCAUCCAACAAGCACACGGUUUCUCACCUAUGAAGAACUAAAAGAGGCUACAAAUAACUUUGAGACAACUAGUAUUCUUGGCGAGGGUGGUUUUGGGAGAGUAUUCAAGGGUGUAUUAAGUGAUGGAACUGCUGUUGCGAUAAAGAGACUAAACAGUGGUGGACAGCAAGGGGAUAAAGAGUUCUUAGUUGAGGUUGAGAUGCUCAGUAGGCUGCAUCACCGUAACUUGGUGAAACUUGUGGGAUACUACAGUAAUCGUGACUCCUCACAGAACCUACUUUGCUACGAGCUUGUUCCAAAUGGAAGUUUGGAGGCUUGGCUCCAUGGGCCAUUGGGACUAAACUGUCCACUUGAUUGGGGCACAAGAAUGAAAAUUGCUCUCGAUGCUGCACGAGGACUUGCUUACUUGCAUGAGGACUCUCAACCUUGCGUCAUUCACAGAGAUUUCAAGGCGUCAAAUAUAUUGCUUGAGAACAACUUUCUUGCUAAAGUUUCAGAUUUUGGCCUUGCAAAACAGGCUCCUGAAGGCAGGGCAAACUACCUCUCAACCCGUGUCAUGGGAACUUUUGGCUAUGUCGCCCCCGAGUAUGCUAUGACUGGGCACCUGCUGGUCAAGAGUGAUGUUUACAGUUAUGGUGUGGUGCUUCUUGAGUUGCUGACAGGAAGAAAACCUGUAGAUAUGUCACAGCCUUCAGGGCAGGAGAACCUUGUCACCUGGGCUUGGCCAAUACUACGAGAGAAGGAUCGAUUGGAGGAACUUGCUGAUCCAAGACUCGAUGGCAAGUAUCCGAAAGAAGAUCUUUUCCGAGUGUGCACCAUUGCCGCAGCUUGUGUUGCCCCAGAAGCUAGCCAACGGCCUACUAUGGGGGAAGUGGUGCAGUCUCUCAAAAUGGUGCAACGAGUUACAGAGUAUCAGGAUUCUGCUGUGGCCUCCACUACUGCGCCCAAUCUUAGGCAGUCAUCUACAACCUUUGAGUCUGAUGGAACAUCAUCGAUUUUUUCUUCUGGUCCUUACUCCGGCUUUAGUUUUAGUGCCUUGGAUACUGAUCACAUCAAUAAAACAGCCCCAUUGUCUGAAGAUCUUCAGGAAGGGCGAUGAUCCCAUUUUUAUCGUCUUUCUUUUUUGGUCAAGUACUUGUUCUGAAAGCACCAGAGCUUUUUGAUCAACCCCGUCUUGUCUUGUGCUCGACUGCCUGAGAGGGUUGAUGAAGAAGUUCUACUGUCUUUGUCUGUGUCUUGGGUUUGUCCAUCCCAGAUAGAGAAAGGCUUGAGAUUGAGUUUUCCCAGUGUAGUAGUGCUAAUUCUCUGCAUGUUGAGAUGAGACAUUGUAUUGUAAUAUAUUGAUUUGGCUAUUAAGCUGGUUUUCCAUUGUUAUAUUUACUUAA